GCCCAGGCCCCGAGGCUUUUCACGCUGUUCCCGCGCCAGGUGGCGGCUGCUAGCUUUUCGGUUCGCGACGAUCCUGUAGAGCACUGUUCGUCUCCCGGUCUCAGGGAGCCCGCUCCCCUGAAUGCUAACUUUCAUGGGACUUUGGAAGAUGUGUUUGGAAAAAAGUUCUAGGUUAAAUGAAGAAAGAAUCUGCAAAAUGGCUGAUAAUUUGGAUGAAUUUAUCGAAGAGCGAAAAGCCAAAUUGGCCAAAGACAAAGCAGAGUUGGAAAGUGAUCCACCUUACAUGGAAAUGAAGGACAAGUUGUCAGAGAAGCUUUCUGAAAACAGUAAGAUACUGAUCUCUAUGGCUAAAGAAAACAUACCACCAAAUAGUCAACAGACCAGGGGUUCCUUAGAUCCACCAGAAGACAACAGCCCAAUAAGAAUUGAUUAUGGAUUAAGUUUACCACUUGGGGACGACUAUGAACGGAAGAAACAUAAAUUAAAAGAAGAAUUGCGUCAAGAUUACAGACGUUAUCUUACUCAGGGCAUUACACAAGGGAAAAGAAAGACAAAUUUUCUAUCUACGAGUGAAACAGAUCCAUCUACUUUGGGAGUUUCUCUUCCUAUUGGUGAGAGGUUAUCUGCUAAGGAAAGGUUGAAACUUGAACGUAACAAAGAAUACAAUCAGUUUCUCAGGGGUAAGGAAGAAUCCAGUGAAAAGUUCAGGCAGGUGGAAAAGAGUACUGAGCCCAAGAGUCAAAGAAAUAAAAAACCUAUUGGUCAAGUUAAGCCUGAUUUAACUUCACAAAAACAGACAUCUUGCGAAAAUUCAGAGGGUCCUAGAAAAGAUGUCUUAACUCCUUCAGAGGCAUAUGAAGAACUUCUGAACCAAAGACGACUAGAUGAUGAACUCGAAGUAAGGAAUAGAAGAAUUAUUAAAAAAGCAAAUGAAGAAGUAGGCAUUUCCAACCUAAAACAUCAGAGGUUUGCAAGCAAGGCUGGCAUUCCAGAUAGAAGAUUUCACAAAUUUAAUGAGGAUCGUGUUUUUGAUAGACGGUAUCAUAGACCAGACCAAGAUCCUGAAGUAAGUGAAGAAAUGGAUGAGAGGUUUAGAUAUGAAAGUGAUUUUGAUAGAAGACUUUUGAGAGUGUAUACAAAUGACAGGAUGCACAGGAAUAGACGAGGGAAUGUGCCUCCUAUGGAACAUGAUGGGGAUGUUAUAGAACAGUCAAACAUAAGAAUUUCAUCUGCUGAAAAUAAAAGUGCUUCAGACAAUGAACCAUCCAAAUCUGCUAAUCAAGAUACUUGUAGUCCUUUUGCAGGGAUGCUCUUUGGAGGUGAAGAUCGAGAACUUAUUCAGAGAAGGAAAGAGAAAUACAGACUAGAACUGUUGGAACAAAUGGCUGAGCAACAGAGGAACAAGAGACGAGAAAAAGAUUUAGAACUCAGGGUUGCAGCGUCUGGAGCACAAGACCCUGAGAAAUCGCCUGAUAGACUAAAGCAGUUUAGUGUGGCACCGAGACACUUUGAAGAGAUGAUACCACCUGAAAGACCCAGAAUAGCUUUCCAGACACCUCUCCCUCCUUUAUCUGCCCCAUCUGUCCCACCCAUCCCAUCAGUUCAUUCCGUUCCUUCUCAAAAUGAAGAUUUGCGCAGUGGACUCAACAGCGCCUUUGGUGAAAUGGUGUCUCCCAGGAUUGCACCUCUGCCUCCACCUCCCCUACUACCACCUUUGGCUACUAACUAUCGAACUCCUUAUGAUGAUGCAUACUAUUUUUAUGGGGCCAGGAAUACUUUGGAUCCCAGUCUUGCUUAUUAUGGUUCAGGAAUGAUGGGCAUACAGCCUGCAGCUUAUGUUAGUGCUCCUGUCACCCACCAACUAGCGCAACCUGCUGUCGAUACGGUCGGACAGAAUGAACUGAAGAUUACAAGUGAUCAAGUGGUAAAUUCAGGAUUGAUUUUUGAAGAUAAACCGAAACCUUCCAAACAGUCACUUCAGUCUUACCAAGAGGCUUUGCAGCAGCAGAUUCGGGAAAGAGAAGAAAGAAGGAAGAAAGAACGUGAAGAAAAAGAAGAAUAUGAAGCUAAAUUAGAAGCUGAAAUGAGAACAUAUAAUCCCUGGGGAAAAGGUGGAGGUGGUGCUCCUCUCAGGGAUACAAAAGGAAAUCUGAUAAGUCAUAUGCAAACACAGAGCUCUCCUUUUGCUCGGGGAAAUGUAUUUGGUGAGCCUCCAACUGAACUUCAGAUUAGACAGCAAGAAUUAUACAAGAAUUUUCUUCGUUUUCAGAUUGAGGAAAAGAAACAAAGAGAGGAAGCAGAGCGAGAGAGACUGAGAAUUGCCGAAGAAAAAGAAGAAAGACGGCUUGCAGAACAGAGGGCACGAAUUCAGCAGGAGUAUGAAGAGGAACAGGAAAAGAAAAGGGAGAAAGAGGAGGAGCAAAGGCUAAAAAAUGAAGAGCAUAUUCGGUUAGCUGAAGAAAGACAAAAAGAAGCAGAAAGAAAGAAGAAAGAAGAAGAAGAAAAAUAUAACCUGCAACUUCAGCACUACUAUGAAAGAGAUAAUUUGACUGGGGAAGAAACAAAGCGCUUGAGACAGCCUUCUCCUAUAGUUCCUGCCCUUCAGAACAAAAUUGCAAGCAAACUCCAAAGACCUCCUUCAGUUGACAGCAUCAUACGUUCCUUUAUUCAUGAAAGUUCCAUGUCCAGGGCACAGUCACCCCCGGUACCUGCCAGGAAAAAUCAGCUCCGUGCAGAAGAGGAGAAAAAAAAUGUAAUUAUGGAAUUAUCAGAAAUGAGAAAACAACUUCGUAGUGAAGAGAGGCGUCUACAAGAGCGAUUGCUACACAUGGACAGUGAUGAUGAAAUUCCUAUCAGGAAAAGGGAAAGGAAUCCCAUGGAUAUAUUUGAUAUGGCUAGACAUCGGUUGCAAGCUCCUGUCAGAAGACAGUCACCUAAGGGCUUAGACGCUGCCACUUUUCAGAAUAUUCAUGAUUUUAAUGAGCUGAAAGAUAGAGAUUCAGAAACACGAGUUGAUCUGAAAUUUAUGUACCCGGAUCCUCCAAGAGAUUAUCACACCUUAGAGAUUCAGCAGCAAGCCCUGCUAAGAGAGCAGCAGAAGAGGCUGAACAGAAUAAAAAUGCAAGAAGGUGCCAAAGUUGACUUAGAUGCCAUCCCAAGUGCUAAAGUACGAGAGCAAAGAAUGCCCAGAGAUGACACUAGUGAUUUCUUGAAAAACUCAUUAUUGGAAUCUGAUAGUGCUUUUAUUGGUGCUUACGGUGAGACAUAUCCUGCCAUAAAAAAAAACGUCCUCCGUCCACCAUCACAGUUGCCCUCUGCACGGGAGCGCAGGAGGAAAAAAAAGAAAGGACUAGACAUUGAUAGCAGUCGUCCUAAUGUAGCACCAGAUGGUCUCUCUCUAAAAUCUACAUCCAGUGUAAAUGUUGAUCAGCUUAGAAUGAGAAAUGAGGAACGAAAAAAAAAACUGAAUGAACUUCACAAUAAACCUAUUAAUACAGAAAAAAAAAGUUCACUGGUUGACCCUGAUGACAUCAUGAAACACAUAGGUGAUGACGGAUCAAACUCUGUAGCAACUGAGCCCUGGCUCCGCCCUGGCACUUCAGAAACACUGAAACGCUUCAUGGCAGAGCAGCUGAACCAGGAGCAGCAGCAGGUUCCUGGAAAACCAGGCACUUUCACUUGGCAGGGCCUGUCGACUGCACAUGGUUAAAAUAAACCUGUAUUGGACCCAAAAAAAACUUUUAAGGUGAAAGGAAUGGUAAAUCUGUACCUUCAAUAAUAUGUCCUAAAAAAAAACCCUACCUGAAAGUUACUUUUUUUCCAUCUGUAUAUAAAAUUAUUAUGAUAAAAAAAAUGUACAUAAAUAUAAGGCCAUGAUUAUUGAUUUAUAUAAUAGAAUUGUAUAAAAAAAAUUUUGCACAAUUUUGUCAUAAAUUAGGGUGGUAAUGAACUGAACUACUGUAAAAAAAAAUGUUGAAUUCUGCUUGUCAUUAAUGUGAAUAAGUGUCUUAACCGUCCUGAAAAAAAAGACUCCCCUUUGUUACAUGCACAUUUUCCAUUGUUACCUCCAUGCAAAAGAAAAAAAAUAGUAGGUACAUCUAUUGUAGCUGUGAUUAUUCCAGUUUCUGUGUGACACAAAAAAAAGUCCUAUUUCAUGUUAUUUGUAGCUACUGAUACAGAAAUGAAGG